AUGACGACCGGACACCUUGGCGCUCAGCUGGACGCGUCCAGGCUCGAGGUUACUAAUGCGCCAAACUCCAAACCUGUUCCAAACCCCGACUCUCCCGAGGUUGCGACUCUGAGAGACGGCACAGAUCGUAUGAUUGUUGUUUCCUGGACCUCUCAACAUGGCUGGGAAGCCCCUAGAGUGGUUCCCUAUAGCCCAAUCUCAUUAAUGCCUACUGCGAGCGCCUUGCAAUACGCUACGCAAUGCUUUAAAGGCAUGAAGGUUUUUCGCGGAUAUGAUGGUCGCCUUCGUCUCUUUCGCCCUCUGUUUAACUGUGAGCGUUUGCGUAACUCUGCAUCACGCAUCGCGCUCCCGAGUUUCGACCCAAAGGAACUGCUCAAACUCAUUCACAAGCUUUGUGCGCUUGAAUCGCCAAAAUGGCUGCCAAAGGAUAACCCUGGAGCUGCUCUCUACAUCCGACCAACUUUGAUUGGAUCGGACUCGAGCUUAGGCUUCAAAGCACCGGAAGAAGUCUAUGAGUUAGUAGUUAGGGCAUGGCCGGGAGGAACUGGGGCAGCAAAGGUUGGCGGAAACUACGCUGCAGCUCUGGCUGAGCACAUUCAAGCGAAGGAGAGGGGGUUUAACCAGGUUCUUUGGUUAUAUGGCCCGGACCGUCAAAUCACUGAGGCUGGGGCAGCCAAUAUUUUCGUCAUCUGGAAAACAGCGUCUGGGUCGCUACAGAUGCUUACCUCUCCUCUGGAUGAGAAUAACCUGAUCCUCGCUGGUAACACACGACGAAGGCGACAUAUGAGGGUGGAAGAGUUUUCAAGUUGGUAG